GGUAAAACAAUGCAAGCGAUGCCAACAAUCUGGAACGCUUCUGUCAUCGGUAGAACCAUUACGUUCCAUAAAGACAUCACGAGUAUGGGAAGUUGUUGGAAUUGAUUUUGCUGGGCCCUUUACUGAAACCAAAAUGGGGAAUAAAUAUUUUCUUAGCUGAACGGACUUAUUUUCAAUGUGGCCGGUGGCAUAUGCUUUGCCUAAUAAAGAAGCCAUAACAGUGGCAAAAGCAAUAAUAAAAUUGGUGACAACUUUUGGUUUCCCUUCCGCUAUAAUAACGGACAAUGGAACUGAAUUUUGCAAUGAGUUAAACUACGCAAUGUAUAAGUUGUUGAGCAUUGAACAAAGGAAAACUGCUGUAUACCAUCCGCAAUCGAACGGGCAAGAUGAAAAUACGAACAAAAACAUAAAAAGCAAAUUAAGAAAACUGGUCGAGGAAAAGCAAUGUGAAUGGGACGAAUUUCUAGCUGUUGUAUUGUAUCCGUUGCGCGUGGAAAGACAAACCUCAACUAAAGUUUCUCCUUUUGAGAUAAUGUUUGGGGGUCGUUUGCCUGUAUGUAGUAGCAAGUUCAAACUACAGGAGAACCUUUGUGAAACUACGAAUUUGGAAAUAAAUAGCGAGGUGGAACAAAAAAGACGCUCCAUGCAAAGCUUAACAGAAUUUGUAAAUAAGAAUAUCAAAUUGGCUCAAGAAAAACAAUAAUUGGAAUACGAAAGGAGAUUGGUGACAAAAACUAAAGGAGUACAAGAGUCCAUUGAUGUAGGAGAUAAGAUUUUGCUAUUAGACAUAAGAGGGAGAAGAUCAAAACGCGCAGCAUUUAAACUACGUUUCAAAGGCCCUUAUAGUGUAUCGUGUGUUACAAAAGGUGGAAACUUUAAAUUAACACAUUUAAAUGGUUCUUUGUUGCCUGGAUCGCACAAAAGAAUACAUAUUUAAAGAUUUCUUGAAGACGUUUUGGUAAACGUUUAUUAACUGCUGCUGUCAUUGCAGAUAAUCAUGUAAUCAAUUUAAUCGAACCCAGGAGAAAAUCAUAUCAAUGCGCGAAUAAAACUGAGAUGAUGAUUGACACUUCGGAGAAUAUUGACACUUCAAUAGGGCUUGGUUCAAUUCAAAGUUGCGUAAUUGUAAAUUGUGAAGGUAACGGAAUGAUUGAAUGUCUCCAACUUGUAAGACCAAUUAAUGCAAUCAUGGGAAUAUAUCCUGAGUUGGGUGAUUGUAAAUUGUAUGAUUACUCGCUGCAAGAUACUCUAACUGACCGCCUUAGCGACGAAACCGUUUACGUUUAUUUGCGGUUGCUUGCAAACAAUCAAGUAAAGAAUAAAGUUGAAGUGUUGGCACCAGCUGGGAUUCUACCGUUGGAGGAAAUGCCCAUUGACACAGAUGUGAUAAAAAGGCGACCUUUGGAUGAGUUGUUCCAAAUAGAUACAAUUAUUUGUUGCAUGGUUUCAAAUGAUCAUUGGACGCUAACAAUAAUCAAACCAAAGGAAAAGAACAUUUAUCACAUAAAUCCACUUGGCGAACAAGUUGCUUCUGUAAAAAAACAAGAACUAAAAUGGAAUACCUACUUGAAACAGCGGUAUGGAGUUUCUGAAAAUUUUCAAAUUUUAACACUGCCCCACGCAAAACAAAGUGACAGUAUAUCAUGUGGAGUUUUUUGUCUUAAGUUUGCUGAAAACAUUGUAAAUAACGAAGAAUUGUUACAGUUUUUUCCAAAUAAAGAAAUAGAUCUGUACUGAAAGAAAGUUGUAGAGUUUCUUAUAGAUAGAGGAGGUUUAAAAAAUUGGAAAGACAUACUAUGUUGCAUUUGCGGAAAAUCAAAAGGACCAAAAAAAAAACAAUUUAAAAAUGGAUAAAUGGGUAUUUUGAUAAAUUCUAUUUUACUGUACGUCAAAGGUUACACAACUGCGUGGAAUAAUUUUCCAUAGUAUCAUUUUCUUAAACAAAAUUACAAAAAUUACUUAUAAAAGUUUUAAAAUAAAUGUGAAAGCCAUAAUAUAUGUUAAGUUUAUUUAAAGAUGAUGAUAUGAUUACAAUGUCAUUAGGAAGUAAUAAAUGACC